AUGUUGCUUGCUCCCCGAGCCCGGGCCCACUACGUCUUGCCUGUUCGGCCUUACGCCAAAUCAGUACUGAUUGCAGGUAGGCUCGCGGACCGCAAGACUCACCUUACAUGCUUCUCAAGAAGCAGGGAUGCGUCCACUCGAGAGCCCCGGGACUUGGAAUUGGGAAUCUCGUUACUUGAGUGGAUGCUGGCUGUGCCGGUGUGGAUAUGGGGCCCAACCCAGCAAGCAUCUUCGCAUCGCAACAAGUGCGGUCCUGUCGCUCGCUACCUUGACGGCUCCAGUCGGACGGUCAGACUCCUCCCCCUCCACGCACACCAUCUGGGUCCCAGCAGCGUGUAG